AUGAGUAAUUUCAAUUUUGAUUUCGAUGGAAACACAGAUGAGGAUUUCUUUGGUACUCUCAAAGGUGGUGAUAACAAAUCCUCCAAAUUACAACAGCUAUUUGUUGAUGAUGAUAGUCCCGAUGAAAGUCAACAAUCUUUGAAAUACAAACGACCCAAAGCCAAAGAUUUGAAGCCAGCAAACCCAGAGCCAAGUGGUAGUGGUAAUACUGCCAAAUCAAGCCAACAGUUGGCACCUCCAUUACUGGCUAAAGUUGUAACAACCUAUAGGCAAGGGGAAUUAUUGGGUAAAGUGGGUUUGGCAUUGACAAAAAAUCUUGAUAAUGACGACUACAGCCUUAUUCUAUAUAAAUCGAAAAGCUUGGUGCUGGUCACUCUGGCUUUGAUGCGCCACAAGCAGUUGCUGUUUAAACAACAAAACUAUUGGCAAUUUUAUGAUACGGAUCAGCAAUAUUGGAGUUUUAGUUUUGAUAAGGUGUCCGAUGAGGAGGAAUUUCAGGAUAAAUUAAUGCAUUGUGGCCAUGUAAUUAAGGAAAGUAAGGAGGACACGAAAUUGGAAGAGAAAACUGAGAAAAAAGAAAUUUCAUUGGAGGAAGUUGGUCAUACCCCAUUGCCGGAGGUAAUAGACAAACCAAAACCCGUGGAUUCUAAAAAUUCCUUAAUACAACGUAUGGCCAAAAUGGGACAACCUUUACCCAAAUUAGCCUCCAAUAAUUUACAGACCACCACUGAAUUCAGAGAUUCCUCGGACUCAGCGGAGGUUAUUAAAAUGCCAUUGCCCGCCAAACCCAGUAUUGUACCAAGAAAUAAAAUAGCAACUCUAAAGAAUAAUAAUAACAACAACAAUAAUCAACAACAAAUUAUUAGCUCAACAUUGGCCUUUAAUCCUAUGCCCUCCUAUUCGGGAAAUCUCAUGGAAUCCCAGUAUAUGCAAAUGUUGUUAAGCGAACAAAGGACCCAGGGUUCGGAACUGCGUAUGAAUGUCAAUAAACUGGAAAAUAAAAUUGAAAAGGUUUUGGAUAAAUUGGAUUUAAUGGAAAGAUCAUCAUCAUUUGGUGGGGCAGAAGGCAAAGAGAAACGCCACCGGGAUGACGAAAUAUUGGAAUUGGAGGAAAAAUUACUGAAUUUGAAAAAAGAAAAUCGAAAAUUAAAACAAUUAUUGGAAUCGAGAAAUGAAGAGAAAGAUAAUUUUGAGGAGAAAGCUAAGGCAAUAAUAAAGGAAUGCAAAGAGGAUUUAGAGGAGUUACAGCUGGACCAUUUAAAAGAUUUGAAAGUGAUUUUGAAAUCUUCCCUAGAACAAAAUAGGAAACAGCUAGAUAAAAUUUCGAUACUAGAAAAUAAAUUAAAGGUAAAGGAAAAAAAUGAAAUGGAAUCCCAGACAGAAUUAGAAAAUUUACAAAUCAAAAAUGAUAAACUAACAAAAGAUUUAAAUGAUGAACAAGAUAAAAGAAAAUCCCUAGAAGAAGGGAAACAAAAAAUGAUAGUGGAUUAUGAAAAACAAAUCCAUGAUUUAAAACAACAAUUAGCUGAUAAGACAAAGGAGAAUGAUAAGAUGGCGGAAAAUAACAAUGUAUUGGAUGCCAAGGUGAAAGAAAUUAUGAAUGGUGGUUUAAAAAAUAAUUAA